AUGCAUCUUCCAGCUUCGAUAGCCUUGCUCGCUUGCACACUCACUGCUGCUGCUCAAGUACCCUAUGAGGAAUAUAUAUUGACACCCAAGUCACGGACCCUCCGUCCUGCGAAAGUCUACAGUGUGAAUGGAACCGUACAAUCAGCUGAAAAUCUGAUCAGGGGCCAAUCGGCGAGCACCGUAUUCACCGGGCCAUCUGCAGUCACUUAUGACUUUGGCAAAAAUGUGGCAGGGCUAGUUGCAUUUAAUGUUUCUGACGUGGCUGGUUCAAACGCAUAUAUUGGUAUCUCAUUCACUGAGUCAAGCUUAUGGAUCAGCUCUGAAGGAUGUGACGCUACGGCUGAUGCAGGAAUCGACGAAGCUUUGUGGUGGGCAGUUGAGACGGAUCGAUAUUACGCUGCUGAAAAGCAACAUGAAAGAGGCGGCUUCCGCUAUCUCAACGUCUACCACAAUUCGACUGGAAAUGUCACUUUAUCUGAUCUGACGGUAUACUACACUGCGAUACCCCACUUUACCGAAGAACAACUUGCGGGUGGAGUCCAGACUGGAUAUUUCCAUUGUGAAGAUGAUCAGAUCAACCGGGUCUGGUAUGCUGGUGCAUACACGAAUGAGUUGUGCACCAUCGACCCAACGGCAGGAAACUCCCUCAUUUAUUUGGGAACAGUCAACAGUACUUCAAAUGUGAGCGAACCUUUGGCCUGGUACAACAACUACACGAUUUCCAAUGGCACAGCUGUCCUUGUCGACGGCGGCAAGCGUGAUCGGUUGGUUUGGCCAGGAGAUAUCCUUAUCUCGCAGCCAGGGAUUUUCGUUUCCUCGUAUGACAUGGAGAUGCUUCGCGAGUCACUCGAGUCACUGCUAGUGGAACAGAAUUCCUCGGGUGCUUUGCCAUAUGCUGGACGUCCUUUUGGAGAAAUGCUUCCCGUAUGGUCCUUCACCUAUCAUCUGCACAGUUUAAAUGAUAUUUACGACUAUUAUCUUUACACCGGCAAUGAAACAUUUCUCAAGCAGUCCUGGGACAUCUAUAAACAAGCCUUGAACUUCUCAUUGUCAUUUAUCGACGACUCGGGAAUGGCCAAUGUUACUACGUCGGCAGACUGGCUUCGUUUUGGGAUGGGAGGCCACAAUAUCGAGGCGAACAGCAUUCUUUAUCACAACCUCAACCUUGCCAUCUCCCUUGCUGGACAUCUCAACGACACUUCAGCAUUCGUCCAGUCCUGGCCAGACAUUGCUGAAGCCAUCAAAUCAGCCGCCAAUGAACAACUAUGGGAUCCUGAACUCAACCUCUACCGUGACAACGACACCCAGCCCUUGACAGACCUUCACCCACAAGAUGGCAACUCAUGGGCAAUCAUCAGUAACCUAACCUCAAGUUCCGAUCAAGCAGUCAACAUCUCAAUUGCUCUCCAGGACCGCUGGGGUCCAUACGGCGCACCAGCACCUGAAGCAGGCGAGACUGUCUCGCCCUUUGUCAGCGGCUUCGAGCUGCAAGCACACUACCUCGCCGGCCGGGGGUCUGCAUCCGUAAAUCUGAUAAAACUCAUGUGGGGCGACUUUAUGCUCGACGAUCCGCGUAUGACCAAUUCUACCUUCAUCGAGGGCUACUCAACCAACGGCGACCUACAUUAUGCACCCUACAAGAACGAUCCACGCAUCUCGCAUGCCCACGGCUGGGCGACUGGCCCAACGUCCACGCUGACGUUCUUCGCAGCAGGGCUACAGGUGACUUCCGCAGCUGGGCAGACAUGGCUCAUUGCGCCGCAACUAGGUGGGCUGCAGAGCGUUGAGGCUGGGUAUCAGACCAGUGUCGGAUCGUUUGCUUCUCAUGUCACGAGUCUUGGGAAUGGUGGACUCAAUGUGACAUUCAGCACACCUUCUGGUACUUCGGGUAAGGUGCAGCUGAGAUACUCUGGCGAGCUUGCAAGCUUGACCGUUACGAACCUGGAUCAGCAGAGUCCAAACGUUCGAAGGGAUUGGGUUGGGGUUGUUGUGAAGAGGCAGGUGACAGAAACAGAAAUGGGCGCUAAGGUGGUCACAGUCGAUGAUCUGCCUGGUGGUAAUUACACUGUCAUCUUGGUGACUGGUACUUGA